CUCUGCUGCGAUAAAUGUCAACUGGACCAAGAAUACUGGAAUAAUCUUUGACAGCAUAUAUUGUUUAUUGUGCUUUAUUUCAAUAAUAAAUAAAAAUUUAAAUCUUUUAACUCAGCUUUGUUUUGAAAUAAAGUGUAAACUGCUCUAAAAUGGAUAAAUAUAAACCCAUGUCGUGGUAUAUUGGCACCGAGUGGACUAUGCCGGCUAAAGGUUUGCGCAAGCAAGUUCUAUCCUUGGACAAUUUCAAGUUAUUGAAUAAACCUCAUUUAGUGUCCAAAGUUGUGAUAAAAGUGGAAGAAGUGCAAAAUUUGAAUGGACGGGAAAGUCAAUAUCUAUCCAAUGAGUUAAUUGAACAAGAACAAACAGUGGAAUUAGGUAGUGCUCUCACACCGGUUGAUUGCUAUACAGAACUGCUUGUGCGACAACUUGUGGUAGGUGAACGUGCACGUUGCUUCAUUGCCACAAAGAAAGAGGAAAUAAGUUUCCUAUUGACUCUGAUACGGAUAGAAGAAACAAAGGAAAUAUUUAAAUUAAAUGGUGCAGAAAUGUACGCACUCGCCAUGCGUUACAAGGAAAACGGCGUAGUUAUGUUCAAGCAGUAUCCCAUCUUUGCUCAUGCUUAUUUUUCGCGCGCCGCAAAAUUUUUGAUCUCAUAUAAACCAUUUGAAGGUUUGACGGUAAGCAAGGAUGGUAUAUCGGGUGAGGAAAUGCAAACGCUUUUUACACAAAUUCAGACUAAUUUAGCAGCUUGUUUGUUGAACGAACAGCGCUACGAAGAUGUACUGUAUCAAACAAAGUUUGUAGAAGAGCACCCAAAUGCUACAGAGAAAAGUAUUUACCGCAGAGCAAUGGCAUUUUAUCAUCUUAAAGAAUUUGAAAAAGCUCAAAAACUUAUUGAGGGUGUUCCAAAUUAUCAAGGAAAAAGAGAAUUUGCUAAACUUCAUCAACGUUUAGGGGAAAGUUGGAAAACCAGCAAUGAGCAGUAUAAAAAUGUAGUGAAACGUAUGUUUAGUUAGACUGACAAAAAAUGUAUUUUUUUAAGGACGGUGUAAUAAAAUUGUAAAAAUAAGAAAAAAUUUCUGAGAAA